CACCACGCCCACUCCUUCGAGGCCCUAACCCACCCUCAUUUGUUGAAUAAGCCCCAAGCAUCCAAACAACGAGCCCGACCUGCCCGUGAGAGUUGCCCCUUCCCCCACGACGCCUUGGCCAACACACAAUGUCUUCGCAAAAGCUGGCGAGCCGCAAGAGCAUCAUUAGCUCCAUGGGCUUUGACUCUGGCCCGCCGCCGCCGUCGCGGUCGCAGUCCGGCACGCCGCUCUCGUGGAGCCAGCAGGAGCUGCAGCGACGCGAAACCCUGAACGCCAGCUCGCCGCCCUCGCGCCCUUCGUCGCGGCAGCAGACUGUCGCCUCGCCCACGCGCUCCCAGCGCAAGCUCUCGCCCGCCGCCGAGGAGGAGUCUUUCCCGGUGGAUGGCGACGGAAAAGGAAACGAUGAGGACAAGGACCGUAGCGGCAGCGGCAGCGGGGCCCUGCUGCCGCCCAUUGCCAAUGGCGCGUCGCUCGCAGGCCUCUUUUCGUCUGGCACCUCCAGCUCGUCGAGGAAUAACAACGAGGGUGCAGAGGCAGUAAAGUCGGAGGAAGAUGUGCCUGCGCCUGCCCCUGCCCCUGCGCUUGCGGUCGAGACGACCCGGCCUCGAUCGGGGACGCGGACAAGCAAGAUGUCGACAAAGAGCCGGGCCAACUCGACUGCCGUCGCCACGCCCUCGGCCGAGGUCAAUGGAGCGGGCAAACCACCGAGCCUGUCAUCGGCCAAGGCCAAGUCGAUGCGGAACCGGAUCAAGGAGGAGCGCGAACGCGAGGCCGAGCACGACCGCGCCAUCUUUGAGGCUGCCGCGCUGCGCCAACGGCGCGCCAACGAGGCGGCGGCGCGAAACGCCAAGGAAGAGGAGGCCAGGCGGCUGCAAAAGGAGGAGGACAAGAAGAACAAGAAGAACAAGAAGGGCAAGAAGGACAAGGAAGCGAGCAAAAAGGCCAAGAAGGAGGAAGAGGCUGCCAUUGCCGCCGCUGCUGGCAUUGCGGAGAAGGAGCGCAAGGAUGCAGAGGCGGACAAGCAGCAGCAGCCAGAGCGAUCAAAGUCGAUGCUGGCCAAGAUGAUUGGCCGCAAAAAGUCAAAGGAGCGAUUUGUGCCGCCGACGGAGCGAAGGCGCAAAUUCGUCAAACAAGACGUAGACCCCGAGGCCGACAAGAGCAUCGCCACACCGCCCAUCACCAAGGCCGACGACGUGGAUCACGACAACGAAGAGAGCCUCGAAGCAAAUCGGCAAAAGGCACUGCAGUCGCACUCUGGUGGUGCUGCGCCGGCAGCUGCUGCUGGUGCUGCUGGCGCCGCCGGCAUUGCAGCCGUUGCAGCUGCCCCUACAUCUGCGGAGCUUGUCAAGCAGGAGGCGAGGGCAAAGAGUCUGCAGAAGGAGUCACAGCCCAGUGAGGCGGACGACGAUGACGUCGACUCGAGUGGAGACGAGGUGCUGGAAGACGCACCCGAGGCCCCCUUGGAGACGCCAGACGUCAUCGACGACAUGUCUGUGCCCGUCAUUGUCGCUGGCAACACGGCGCUGCUCAACGGCGGCAAGCAAAAGGAGGCCAAGGCCGAGGCCGCGCCAGCAAAGGACACCGCCGCUGCUCCCUCAUACGACACCGUCCAGGCCGAGAAGCAGCGAGAAGGCAAGACGUCUGCCAAGGGUGCCGUCGCGGAUGAGAAAGUGCAGGACAAGAAGGAGAAUGGCCAUGCUGGCGCAGCUGCGGCAGUCGCCGCUGCAGGUGGCGCGGCUGGAGCUGCUGCCGUGGCCGAGUCCAAGGACCCGAAGGUGCCUGACGUCGAUGAAGAUGACGACGAGGAGGGUGCGGACGACGUUGCCGACGGCGACGAAGACGAAGACGAAGACGAAGACGAUGAAGAGGGCGCGGGAGGACAUGUCGCCAAUGGGCAGGGCGAUGCCAGUGGCCUCAUCGCCGAGGAGUACUCCAAGGAUACCAAGCGGAGUGAUGCAGGACGCAAGGCGAGGAGGGAGCCCUCGAAGCGCGCCGAGACGGUGGCACCCCUGACGCCGGUCCAGCGCCACUACCUCCUCAAGGCCCUCGUCUCGCUGCAGAUGCAGAUGGAGUGGAGCGAGCUCGAGAAGCUCGGUGGCCUCACCCAGUACGGCUACCCCUUCCUGCGCGAGCGCCCCAAGCUGAAGCGCGUCAAGGCCGACAUUGACGACGACUUUUCCAAGGGCGACUUUGCCGACAGCGCAGAUGAUCCUUAUGCCGACGAGGAUGCAGCCAAGCGCGGCGAAAACCUGCAGGAGCCCCUGAUCCUCCGGCACAUGUUCCACGUCCACCUCCAUCCCUUCCCCGGCCUCGACAAGGCGCCUCUCAAGUACUGGACCAAGCGCAUCCAGCCCUUCUUUGACGAGAUGGCCGCUCGCAACUUUUCCUACUCCAUGGAACGUGCCGAGACGACAUCGAGGCACUUCUACACCCUCGCAUUCACCCGCUACCUUGGCGGCUUCUUUGCCCGAGGAGUUGGUGUUCGUGGUCAGGGCGAGACUCGAGGGCCCGGAAGAGGCGAUCCUGGCUCGGAGCGCUGGGGUCUCGGCAAGCAGUGGGGCAAGGGCACCGUCAAGCGAGGCCUCGACAAACCGGCGCGCAUCGACGACGACCUCAUGGCCAAGAUCGACGACCUGUUUGACGGCAAGGAAGGCGAGGUCUGGCGGCGGGCGAAAAAGGAGACAAAGAGGGUCAAGUCUGACUGGUGUGCCCUCAAAGAGUACUCGAUCGAGCAAGAGGCCGGUCUCGAAGAGGUCAUCAGCCACCUCGACAUUGGCAACAUCAAGAACUUGCCUCCCAAGUACCGGAAUGCAGAAGAGUACGCGCGCAUGCACGCGGCGUACAUCUUCCAUACACUCUUUGUCACCAGCCCGAGCGCCGACGGCAUCUUCAGUGUCCUCAAGGGCAUCCAUGCGCUGUUCCCUUACUGGGGUGCCAAGCAGCUCCUUCGCGUCGCAAAUGCCCAGACGAUGGUGCAGGGCAUCCUUUCGCUCCUCCUCGCCCGCCCCGGCGGUGCCAAGUCUCUCGUCCAGCGCACCUUUACCUAUGUCAUUGGCAAGGAGGCUUCGGCCAUCGCAAAGGAGUACCUCGCGCCCCUGCGCAAGGAGAUCAACGACGACGAGCUCACCAAGAAGAUUGCCGAGUACGUCAAGCGGGCGAACCGGCCCGAAGGCAGGGCAAUCCGCGCCAGGGCAGUGAGGACUAACCAGGAUGUCCUUGCGACGAUCCUCCUCUACUCUGCCGGCACCAAGCUCAGCUCGAGCAAGAAAGACCACGUCCUGGACUUGCACGAGGCCUUUGCUGAGAGCCCCUACCGCGGCUCGCUCAACAAGGCGUACCCAUCCAGUACGCCCGCGGGCAAGGAAAAGGGCGAGGUGCUGACGUGGGGCGCCGGCGCCGUCGAGGAGGCAAAGGCGCGCAAAUUUGCCAUGCUCAAGCUCUACCUCCGCGAGACGCUCAAGAAGCGCGAUCGCGAGCAAGCCAUCCAGGUCGCAAGCGGCAGUCUGAUUCCCAGCAUCAUCAAGGACUCGCUUGACACUGUCUUUUACGGCCCUUUCAAGGAGAUCGCCGAGGUGGCCGAUCUGUCGGGUCGGCUGGGCGACCUGCAAGCCUUCAUCGACGACCUGAUCCAGGUCAAGAAGAGCGGCGACAACGAGCUGCCGGCUUGGAUUGCCCUGGCGGCGCGCCACGAAAACUCCCUUUACUUCUUGUUCCACGAGUGCGCGCCCAUCAUGCAGCGCUUCACCGACUGGCUCCAGGUCGGCGCCGACUACAUGAGCCUGUCCACCGUCGAUCCUCAGCACCCGGCCAACCGAAAGGCAAAGAACGUCGAGGUCAACCUCGAAGAGAUGCUGCAGGACGACCGGCUCACCGAGAAGGAUGUCAAGACGAUUCUUGCCGAGAUUGAUGGUCUAGCCUCGUAUGUCAAGUGGCAGAAGGUCUGGUACGAGCUCGAGAUGCGCAAGAACUUCCUGCUGGCCAGACCCGAUGCGGCCCCCUCGAGCGGCCUGAGCGAAGACGACCUGCCGGGCGGCAUGAAGCGGAAAAUUCUCGACGUUGACGGCCUCCUUCGAGAGCUGAUGGAGCAGGAAGGCGUCCCGGUCGAAGAGGGUGUCGUGCGAGAUGAGACAAGGGGCACAGAAAUGCAGAACUUCCCUUGGGCCUGGUUCGAGGCCGUUGACCCGCUCCACCAGCACAUCGAAGGUGGCGAGCCGGAACAGCUGCGCUUCAGGCCGCACACUGCCACCACGACGCUUCCGUCGCUCUCUGUCACGCGAAAGGCUCUUGAGCCGUUCCAAGACUGCCUCAUCAGCAAGCUUCCGGCCUGGAAGGACGGCACCGUCUCUGGUGUCCCAGCCUCGGCUCCCGUCGCAGAUCGCGUCUCGACGGCACCACCACCGCCGCCCAGUGCAAAGAGCAACGCAAAGAGGAGGGGCGAGAGCAGGCCUGGGAGCGUCAUGGCCGACAACAGGAGCACGAAAUCUAGAAAGAGCAUCAUGAAGAUGCCCUCCUUCUUUGGUCGUAAAUGAAAGGAGGCUACAUCCCAUCCUCAUCCGCUUCAAGUGCAUCGUUAUUCCCUCUCUUUUUCUGAUCGUCGUUGCACACUUCUAUUGUCCAUCUUAAAUCCCACUCUCCUUUUUUGAGAUACGUAGAUAUCCUGUCUCCUCUCCUUGCUAUCGUAGUGACAUCUUCAUCUCCCCUCCCUGGAGUGUUCCUGCUCCUCCCCGGUGGCGUCGCUGUGGACCGUGGUACUCCGCGCGUCGCGGUGACGGAAGAAGUGGAGCCACGACCCUAGUGACCGAAUUUU